AUGGCAUUCCGACAGAGACAGAGCCGAGGGCCAUGCGAUGAUGACCCGGAAGCGGGCCCCGGCCCCAGCACCGCCAGAUUUUAUUCCAGGUCAGACACUGCACCACAUGUUAGCGAUGCUUACAACUCUACUUCAACAUCACCCGACGACGACGCGAGAACCCUUUACAGUGAUGAGGAACUCAUAGUCACUGCUGACACGUACCCUACGCCAAACGAUGAUCACCAAGUUCCCGAUGUCCAACCUGUUGAAGAGGAAUUGGCUUCGCAUAUAGCCAUGUUUCUUCCAUCGGGCUCGUCUCAGGAUGACUCGGUCCCUCAGACGCGAAAUGGCAGAAUCCCAGGACAAAGGAGAGAGGGCUUUCGGUGGUGCAACGAAUUCGUUACUGAUGGUUUAUACAAACCAUAUUCACACCCGGAAGGUGAACUGUCAGUGGAAAUGGCCACUCUUCCGCCCACACGCCGCAGGGCUAUUUCACUCGAUACUUUUGACGGAAGUGCCGCAACCCCUCAGUGGCCUGGGAACGUACCAGCUGUAAGGGUUCAUCAACCUCCCUUUCCACCACCGACAAGGAUACCUACUCCCCCCGGGGUCCCAUCAUUUGGCACCCCGGAAGCCAUGGCUGCGUCUGCUCAAUUCACCAGGGGGCCAUCUCCACCUACUACUAAUAGUUGGCGCGGGAAUUCUCCCAAUGGGGCAAUCAGGAGAUUGUUUGGCCUCCAGUCCCCAAGUCAGCUUAUACCUACGGCCACGGCUACGGCUGCCACAGCUAUACAAUCUAUUCGGGGUAUUGGAAGAGCGCCCGAUGGCACAAGGGUACUUGGUGGAUUUGGUCCUCGACAAAGUGGCCAUGGAAUGGAUUUUGCACAGGGUUUAUAUGAUCAUACGUUUCACGUGGAUAAUAUACCACUGGCAGCUACCCAAGCUGCUACAGAUGAACCUGGCCCUGCCGAAUCCAGAAGGACAAGUGUUGGGACGGCAGCCGAAACUUCUAGUUUCAAGAGUACCUUGUCUCUUCCGAAAAGAUACGCCAGACUAUUUAGACCUUCUAUCGCGGAAAUGUUCGCUUCUACGUCUCCGGAGCCUGGGUCAUCACCUGCUCGAUCAUCUCUUCGAUCAUCUUCUCGAUCACCUUCUCGAGAUCCUACUGGAGAUUCUACCCAAGAUCCUGUUGCUAUGAUAGCACCUCCGCGAAACCCAGCUAGAAUCAGAGAUCAGCGCCGACAAUUCCAAGGCCAGGGCAGUCCAUCUGACUCUUUUCAGAGACACACAGUUGUCAACCAGACAAUUCAAGAAGAAGAACUAGAUACCGAACCUGUACCUGUACCUCAGCUAAACGCAGCCUACAAAAUUUUGUCUCGAAUUCCCAUGCCAUUGCUUCUAUGCUGUUGCUUUCGCGGUCGAAUUGUUGAUGUUAUCAAUCAGGGAAUAAGCCCUGGAGCAAAUCAAGGAACAGAUCAGGGAACACCACUUGGACCCAUUACCUCCCGAGAUAGCUAUACAACAGCACCAAGCCGGUCAUCUCCCGUUCGAACUGAAGGUCCGCAGCGUCAUGAGGGUACUGGUAUUCCAGAGCAGCCCGAACGCCGCGUGUGGACAAUGGCGGCUAACUUUGUUCAUCGGGGUGUCGCUGUUUUGAAACAGCGUAUGCCAUAA